GUCAGCCUCUGUCAGUCUAACUUAACCCUGACAGGACUCUGACAUGAAAACAACAUAAUGCAUGCUGCACUCAUUGCCAUUCAGUGAAAUGGAAUAAUAGUACAAGUUUCAAGAGCCAAGGUAGAUAUGGGAAAUGUUAUAAAAACUACAGCGCCCCCACCAGAUAAUAUUACUGCUUGUCAAACAGGAACUGAGAGUGAUUUCCUUGCUGUCCUUUGUGAUUAUCCAUCUCCUGAUGUAAGUGAGCCAAUCUUUCAGUUAGGAGAAAAACUGAGAGUUAUAUCAGAUGAGGGAGGAUGGUGGAGAGUCCGAUCACUGAGAACAGGUCGAGAAAAUUAUAUUCCUGGAAAGUGCGUAGCUAAAGUUUACCAUGGCUGGUUAUUUGACGGAGUGGGAAGAGAAAAAUCUGAAGAACUUUUACAGCUACCGGAUACUAAGACUGGUUCAUUCAUGAUUAGACAAAGUGAGACCAAGAAAGGUACUUAUUCAUUAUCUGUCAGACAUCGGCAAGUCAAACAUUAUAGGAUUUUCCGCCUACCUAACAACUGGUACUACGUCUCCCCCAGACUGACCUUCCAAUGUCUCGAGCACCUUGUUAAUCACUAUUCAGAGAGUGCUGACGGACUGUGUUGUGUGCUUACAAUGCCCUGUCUCGCUCAGACGCGCACUGAAGACAUAGGGGCCCUCGCAGUACCAGUUGUCAAAAGGCGCAAGCAAUUUGAUUGGAAGAGUAUGAAAAGGGUUCCAUUGACCACAGAAGAAGCUACUAUGGAAACAGACGACAUGUUCCUCAGCUACGGUCUCAGAGAAAGCAUCGCCUCUUAUCUCUCAUUGGCUGAAGAGGAAAGUUUUCCUCCUCCAAGUGACAAGAAGAAGAAAAACCGUCAGAGCCAAGUUUUAUUGAAUGUAAAUAAGAAUAGCAUGCCUUUCAGAUCUAGUUAUUCCCAAGACUACACAUGAAGGACAUUGUGUAUAGAUAACCAACUGAUUAACUGCUCACUCAUGUUGUCUUACAUCUGCUGCACUAGAUACCUAACUAUUGUAUGCACACUGUGUAUUACUAAACGCUGAUGGACACUUGCAUAUAUGUAGCUAAAACUGCCAAAAGGAAGUUAAAUAUUAAGGAGAACACAAUAAAAACAAAUCUAAAAUCAGCUAUUUCGGUUUUUUAAUAUAUAUAUUUACUCAUCCCUUGAAUUAUUCAAGUCUUUUUGAAAACUACUUAUCAUAUGAAAAAUGUACCCUACCCACUAAAUAAGGGACAUGAAACUCAAAAUUAAACUCUCCUGAUGCAGUUUUUUUUUAUUGUUUGCUAUUAUUUACUUCCAUCAUCAGACUGUGCACAGUCUUUUUAUGUGCACACUUUUUGAGGAAACAGCUUCUGCUAAGCAGGUGCAAGAGUUCACAGAAUAUAUGUAUAUCAGUCUUUGAUUGGCUCAUUUCUCACAUGAUACAAGGGCCAGGGAAAUUAAAGGGAUAGAAAGGUCAAAAUUGAAAUGUGAAUGUGGUGAUUUGUAUUUCAAAUCUAAGCAUGUUUGCAAUAUACCUCCAUUAGCAAAAAUGCUUCUAUUAAAAGUUAUUGAUUUUCAGCGGCAUAUGCACAUAUCCCAUGCAUGCAACUUUCUUCUGAAGUUGUAAAUUGUGUCAUACAAGAUACUGCUGACUCUCUGAGAAGGUGUGGCGUUUGAAUGCUGGUGCACAGGCCCUCACAGGAUAUGUGCGUAUGAUGCAGAAAAGCAGUAAUCACUUUUAUUUGAAGCAUUUUUUUCUAAUGCACCCAGGCACAUUUCAUUUUUCUAUCACUUUAAAGAGUAAUUUGUAAGAAAAAAAAAUCUACUGCUUGUUUGAAAUUCAAACAAUGUGUUAUUGCAUUGUAUUUUUGUUAUGCAUUUGUUGAUUAUGCUAUUUUACUGUAUUUAACAGUCCUGGUACUUAUCUGUAAAGUAAUAGAGCUGCGUCCUUGGCAGAAAAUAAAAAUAUUUAUAUAUAUUUCUAAACUGUAAUAUAUUAAUGAAAUCACGUAGAUAUGUACCUUGACAAAAAAGAUGCUUUGUGUGUUUAAUAUGUGCAUACAAAUUAGGUCAUUAUUAUUUUUUUAUUACACAACGUUCUACAGUAAUGUUAUUAUAUAGAUAUGAGGUAUAUCAGGGCUAAAUAUUGAAUGUAGACGAUCGGCGAUAAUAACUGAAUUAAAACCUCAAAUUCAGACAGGUUACAAAAAACUACAGUAUGUGGUGUUUUGUAGCUAAUUUUGAGAAAUUGUUUUGUGUAAGCUAAAUUGAUAGAUAGAGAGAGAGAGAGAGAGAGAGAGAGAGAGAGAGAGAGAGAGAGAGAAAGAGAGAGAGAGAGAAUAGGGCAAUACAUGUCUGAAGAUCAUCUUUCCUAAUAUUUUUAUUUCAUCAAAAUUAAAACAAUAUUAAACUCA